AUGGACAGAAGCGAUGGCGGAUACAUCCAAAGCUCUCCAAAAAGAGAGUUUCUAGGAAUAAAGACACUGAGAGCACUUACAAUCAAGCAGAUUAAUAAUUGCGAGUUUGAUGAGAUAUCUUCAGCGCACCUUAUAGACUCUGCAGAGGUCACAAACGUUCAGAUCAUUGGCUGGGUUGUCUCAUCAAGGAUAUCAGCAACGGGAUCGAUGUUUGUUUUGGAGGACGGAACAGGAAGUGUGGAUUGCACAUUCUGGCCAAGUAAUUCUUAUGAAGAAGAACAAUGCAAAAUUCUCGAAGAGAAAAAUCUUUUUAAGGUCAAUGGGUCUCUCAGAACAUUUAAUGGAAAGAGAAGUGUAUCCGUAUCACAUCUAUCCCAAGUCGAAGACUCAAACUUUAUCACUUAUCAUUUCCUGAACUGUAUCCAUCAGCACUUGUUUUAUACCAGGCAGCUCCAAAGAGAAGAAGUAAGGAGCGACGGAGCAAGACUUGACAGAAUUCAAGAGGAUAUACUAGAGUGUUACAGAAAGAACCAAGAUGAGAAUGGACUCCACAUCAAUGUAGUUAUCAAGAUGCUUUCAUCUAAGUAUCCGGAAAACGAAAUAAGGGAAAAUAUCGAUGUUCUGCUACGAGAUUGCCAUCUAUACAGUGUGGAUGGACUAGAAUAUAAGACAACAGUUUGA